AUGGCCAAUUUGACUUCAGCGCUCCGGCCGGGCGUGUAUGCUCCGGUGUUAACACCCUUCACAGAUGGAACACAACAAGACGUUGACUUGCCAGCAUUUCGAGCCGCGGUCCUCAGACUGGCAAUGCUGGGCGUCGGGUUAGUCUUGAGUGGCACAUUGGGGGAAGGAAACCUGCUCUCGAGUCACGAACGAAAAGCUUUGGUCAGGACAGCAAGAGAGGUAUUGGAAGAGAACGGUCUUUAUCGAUCCAUACCAAUCAUUGCUGGAGCAGGGGCGGCGAGCCUUAGAGAGACCAUCGACAUUGUUAAAGAUGCUGCCGACGAAGGUGCUGAUGCUGUCAUCGUUGUCGCUCCUGCAUAUUAUGCGUUUGUCUUUGGACGAGACAAGACAGCUUUGAAGGAGUUCUUCGUCUCCGUCGCUGAUGCUAGUCCGGUGCCGGUGAUGCUGUACAAUAUUCCAUUUGCCACUGGAGGCAUUGACCUCGACGCUGACUUCCUCAUCGACAUAUCAGAACAUCCAAAUAUUGUCGGUGUGAAACUCACCUGUUUCAACAUAUCCAAAGGCCACCGAGUAGCACUGCAUAUUGACUCACUAGAAUAUCGGGAAAGACAUAGACUGCCAUUUCUGGUUCUCGCAGGCUCCACAGAUUACCUGCUCCCCGCAAUAGUCGCCCGGCAUCAUGGCUGUAUUGGGGGACCAGCCAAUCUGUAUCCCAAGGUCUGCUUGAGGUUAUUUCAAUUAGGUACAAAGGCCCUGGAAACUGGUGACCCCGAAAUAUUUAAGGAAGCCCAGGAAUUGCAAGACUUGGUGACAAAGGCAGAUUCGUAUAUUAAUCGGGUUGGAUUUCUUGGAAUCAAGUCGGCCAUGGACAUUCAUGUAAGUCCUCAGUAUGGGAAGUUGAGACUCGGAGGUAACUUUCGCCGGCCGCUGCCAGCUGCUACGGAAUUUGUGGUACAAAACAUGUCAGAAGGCCUCCUAGAGGUAUUCGAGAAGGAGAAUGCUUUGUCGUGA